GCCGACAGACGACGAAAGUUGUAAACUUAACCUAGAAAAGUUAGAAACUGAGGGAAAGAAACAAACACAAACAAGAAUCAACAAUGAAGCCUUUUUAAAUAAAAUUCAUGUAUCUCGUUACUUGAUAACAAAUACAUUGAUAAUUACGGGGAAAUUGGUACAUUUUUAGAAUCUUUGUUUACUAUGGCAGACGGAGAAAGAGGCCGGGACUCUCGGAGAAAGAAAUUUUAUCCUAACAGGGAAAGAGAAGAGAAAAACUACGGAUCUAGAAGGUUGCCUAUAAUCUUGACCAAACCAGAUGGAGAUAAAGAAGGUAAAGGUGGAAAAAAUAAACCCCAAGAAAAUGCUGAAAAACCUCUUUCACAACCAACAAUAAUCCUACGUACCAGAGAUGGGGACAAUCGAGCUGUUUCUCCUAGUCAGCGAUCUGCCAGAGGUGAAAAGAAGAAUGAAACUCCAGCACCUCUAUAUCACCUGGCUCCAAAAACUUCCAGCUCAGAAAAUACAAACGCUCUUGCCCUGCCUCCCGAGAUGACGUCUUCUGUGAAACUCAUCAAUGAUCAGUUCCAAAUGCUCGACUCCUGCUUGGAGUUCCUCACUGACCAGACAGACUUCAUUGUGAUUGGCUGCGUCGGCCCCCAGGGUGCAGGGAAAUCUACCCUAAUGUCCCAUCUCGCUGGUUCGUCACCUGGCCAACUUGCCAACACAAUUUUCAACACACAGUCUCUGAGUGACCAAAUUAAGGGGAACCACUGCACAGAUGGGGUUGAUUUCUACAUUUCCCCGGACAGAGUCAUUUACUUGGAUUGUCAACCAAUCCUGUCACAUUCUACGUCUUUGGACAUCAACUUAUUGAAAAUACCGUCAUCGUCACAGAGUUACAUGGACUCUAUGUUUUUCGAGAAUCUGUCGAGUGUGUUGUCUCUACAGCUGACUGCCUUUCUAAUGUCCGUCUGUCAUGUUGUGUUAUUUGUACAAGAUACUUUCAACAACCCCAACCACAUCGGAUUUCUCCACACGGCCGCCAUGUUGAAGCCCCCCACCAACACAUCUGCAGAGGACUGUCUGGUGGAAUACUUCCCUCAGAUCAUGUUCGUCCACACUCACUGCAGCUCGGAGGACUUCUCUGUACCCAGGGUCAAACUUAUACAGGACUGGUACAGCAAAGCCUUCAGCAAGUCUAUGCUGCAGAUUCAUAGUGGUAUUGGGAUUGCUAAUGGAGGAGUGAUUGAUGCCCUCACUCCCACCUCCCUGGACCAGGAGCCGUUGAAUCUGUUCCUGUUGCCAUCUCUGGUUGAUGAGGAACCUAAUGGCCAUUUCCAAGGUCAUCCGGGAUAUGAGGAUCUGAUUAUCAAGAUGAAACAACAACUCACUGGCAUCACAACAUAUCAGCUGUCUACCACUCAACUCUCGGAGAAAAAUUGGUUUCAUUACGCAAUGAAAGUGUUUGAAAACACCAGGAAGAGUUCAUUUUUCCAAGAGUACAGCCGCAUUCUACCUUGAACAGCUGAUUGGCACCAGUUGUUUGCAGAUUUUGAUGUUCUUAACAGCUGAUUUCGGAGGUAAAGAGUAGCUCCAAAAACACAACCAAGACAAAUAUGUAUGGAUAUUCCAUCUGUUGGCAUUGCAGAGCAUAUUCUAAAAUGCUCAAGUACAAGUUGUUUUUAGCCUAGAACUUAUUUCUGGUUUAUUGAAUGAGGAAGCAAUGUCAGAACUUUGUGUUAAGAAUUGUUUAAGCGAAUUUGAUUAGUAACCUUUGAUUUACUUAAUUAAUAUUUGUAUUGUGUAUAUUAUUUUUAUUUUCAUUUUACGACUCAAGCUAGGUCUGUAACGUGUAUAAUUGUGUUCUGAUAAGAUUCUCAUUUCACAGAAUAAAUAAAUAAGAUGUUAAUAUUUCAUUUUUAUAAUAAUUAAAUUUAGUUAAAAAAAUUACAUUAUAUUUUACUUUCUCAAAAUGGAUUAAACAGGCCAUGCUUUAGAAUAGGUUAUAAUUUAUUCUCCUAAACAAAAGUAAACUGUAAUGAUAAAGGAAGAAAAGAAUCCCAUUUUAUUUCAGUUUAGUAAUUAAUAUAUUACAAAGGCAAAAAGUAUGGAACGUUUCCAUCUGACUUUGAUGAUCUUACACUUCCCAGUACAUAUGUGUUCGCCCCACUCAAUGUCUGUCCAACCGUCCUAGCAGAAGUGUCAUUUUGUGCCCAUUGUAGCAAUUUUUACAUUAAAAUUAUAGAGUUUUCUUUUCCGAGACAGUUUGGCUCUUCUACCCGACCAAUUUUCAUAAUGUUGGUCUUAAAAUAAAGACAUUCACAUAUAUAUUUGCCAUUUAGCAUGAUUCAUUUAUGCACUGCACUACUCAACCAAAAAACAUAAAAUAGAUUUUUUUUAUUCUCACUUCAAAAAAAUAUGUAGGCUACUUCACCAGUUCUAAUUACAUUACGCUAUAAGUUUUGAUCUAAGAACCUUCAGUAAAAUACCAACUUUUAUUUGAGCCAUUCAUUAUAAGUAUCUGAAGCACGCUGAUGAAUCAGGAAUCAAGAAUAAUUAUAAUUAUUUUAGAACGUAUCUGCAAUCAAAGAUACGUAACUUCAUAUUUAUUUAAGUUAUUUUACAUGUCUUGGUCUUAAAAUUCUCCUUGAAAUAAAGGUUUUCAUUUGAGAUGUUGAUGAAUCAGUUAAGUUCAAGAUACUAUAUUAGUAAAAAAUAAACAUGUUUUAUUACAA